AUGCUCCCUUCUUUCAGCUUCAAGAGUGAGGACGCCUCCAAGGCCUCUGCCAACAAGCGCACUCCUUUCUCUCCUAUUGGCAGCACUUCUGGUUCCCGUCUGGCUCAGAGGCAAUCAUCCAGCGCUGCCGAGCAGAAGGCUCGUCCUCAAGCCUGGGUUGACACUCCUCAACUCAUCUACUCUGAGUGGAACAAGGCUGCCGGCGACAUCAACCAGCCUCUUGGCAGUCUGCCCUCCAACUUCUCGAUUGGUCUUGUCGGAGCCGGAAUCACCAAUGUGGUUCUGGCCUUCAACCUCGCCAAGGCCGGCGCGGAUGUCACCUUGAUUGAGGCGACUGAUAGCGUCGGAGGCCGACUUCGAUCCCUUCCCACGGCUGAUGGAGUCAACGUGGCAGAGAUGGGUGCUAUGCGCUUCCCUCCCUCGGAAGACCUUCUUUACUACUACGCCAAUGAGUUCAACUACACUUUCAUUCAGAACUUCCCCGACCCCGGCAAGGUUCCCACCAUUGUCUACUACCAAGAGAAGGCUACUUCUUGGACCGACUCCAACACUGCUCCCACCGGCUUCGAGAAGGUCAACAACGGCUGGAUCCAGCUCAUCUCCAAGGGCUUGACCGGCGGCAGCAGCACCUUGGCCGCUGGCAGCCAGAUUACCACUUGGCUCAGCUCCAACGACACUGCCACUCGUAACCUUGCCGUUCCUGAGUGGCAAAAGUACUUGGACACCUUUGGUGACGACAGCUUCUACACUGGUCUUCGCCGCAUUUUCGGCGAAGGUCACGAGUGGGACGUUCCGGGCGGUGAAGUCUGGACCGAGGAUGACUUCCAGCGCUUUGGCACCCUUGGAAUCGGCUCUGGCGGCUUUGGCGCUGUCUACUCUGCGGGAUUUAACUCUGUCUUCCGCCUGGUCGUUAACGGCCUCGAGUCAGACCAAGCUGUCUUUGCCAAGGUCACCGACUCAGGCCUGCAGCCUGCCGGUAUCCGUGAUCUUGCCCAGACAAUCUGGGACAAGGCGACUGAGCUCGGUGUCAAGACCAAGUUCUCGACUGUUGCUGAAGUCACUAGCGGCGGCGGCGAUGCUCUCGGCGGCCUUGCGGUUGGUGUGAGAGAGACUUCUGGAGGCAUCUCUACCAAUGUCGAGUACGACCUUGUCGUUGUCGGAACUAGCAACCGCGCCAUGAACUACGCCUUCACCCCGGUCUCGGAGACCACCGAGGACCCCAUCAUGCCUUUGGAAGUUCAGAGAGCCAUCAAUGAUCUCCACAUGACCGCCUCAUCCAAGCUCUUCAUCCGCACCAAGAAGUUCUGGGAAACUCAGGGGGCUGGUUUCCCUCGAGUCAUUCUUUCAGACACAAACCUGCCGCAAACCUACACUCUGGACUAUGGACACCCCGACUACGGCAUGGUCCUCGUCACCUACGCCUGGGAGGACCUUUCUCUGCAGAUGACGGCUAUCUCGGACCCCAAGGAGCUUCUUAUGGAACUCAAGACCCAGAUUGACAGAAUCAUGCAAGAGUCUGACUUCCCUGAGUAUGCCAGCCUCCUUGAGCCCGUCACUGACGACGAUAUUUACCUCAUUCACUGGCCUCUUGACCGUUACUCGUACGGUGCCUUCUCUCUGGGAUUCCCGGGUCAGGAUGUUAGCAUUGAGUCUCUCUUCUAUGAUUGGGAGAGAAUCAACCAGACCCAGACUUCGCGAGUUCUGAUCAACAGCGAUUGCACCUCGUUCCUUGGUGGAUGGGUAGACGGCGGUCUCCAGCCGGCUCAUAACACUCUUUCGGCAGUCUUGGAAAAGUUUGGAACUUUGAACUCGGCGGCUGCUCAUCUGGCACCUUCUGCUCUUCUUGGAUCUGGCUUGUACCAGUACUAG